GUAUUUCCUGGAGCUGGAUAUCUGGCUUUGGGGGGUUGGGGAGUCCUGGCUUUUAUGAUGAAUACGAUAUUCACGCCGAUUGCAAUCUUUCUUUGGUUCUGGGCUGGGGUUGUUCAGUUCCCGGCCGGCAUAUACCUUGGAUCUGCUACAAUAGCGGCUUACAAGGCGCGAUACAUGGAGCGCGAUUCUCUUCUGAAAGCUACCUAUGGCAUAGCCGCUACGGCUAGUCUCUUAGUCCUCGGCAUUACUUUCAAGACAAAUAGAAGCUACGCCGCUUCCCAAGAAGCUCAGCGCCUCGAGCGAAACAAGUACAUCGAAACCGAAGUUCGCAACUGCGAGCAGAUCCGCAAGGCAACGGUCCAGGAGGAGGUCCCGGGGUCCCGCGAAUUGAAUGACGACGAGAUCAGUGCGAUGCGAUACCUCAUCAAUCUUACCAGACAACCUUUUGAUUCAUGGAACGGCUUCACACAUAGAGACCAGUGGAGAGAAGGAGCUUAUAGAUACCCGCUCUACCAAAUCGUGUACGCUCUCUCGUCUCUACAGUGCUCGGUCAUGCCGAACUACCACGGUGCGUUGAGCAAAGCGCAAAGGGCAGCUCUAGAGAAAGUAUUGCAGCCUAGCGUGCUUUACUACUGGGCCACGGAGGCCUUUUGGGGCCGCCAUUCAUUGAAUUGGGAUCCUAUCAAGUGGGAGAACAUCAUGCUCUCCGGAUGGUAUAUGAUGGCUUUAAUGAUGUACACGUCCACAACUCGAGACUUGCGAUACACGAAACCUGGAAGCCUAGUCUUCAAAGUCACUCCUUUCCACUCCUAUCCGCACUCUAUCCAUACGAUCAUGGACGCCCUGGUGGACAACUGGGAGACUGCGAGGUUCUGCCUAUACGCUUGCGAGCCGAACUGGGUUUACACGCUCUGCAACCUUUAUGGCAUGCAAGGCGCCCUCGUCUACGACCGCUUCUUCAAAACCAACCGCCUCCGCGAUAUCCUCCCAAAGUUCAAAAAGCUCUGGUACUCCGACUUCACCACUCCUGACGGCAGCAUCGUGGCACUUCGGUCUGGGCUGGCUGGUAUUCAGAUGCCUAUCUCGGGUGCGUGUGUAACUGCAUCGACAGCAGUGCAAUGCGCGGCUGUGUUUCCGGAAUACUCGGAGCAGCUGUGGGCGAUCACGAAGAGAGAGCACACCGAGCGAGACGAGACGGGCAAGACCACUGGUCUGAAACUAGGUGCUGGAGACCACGUGGAUGCUGGGCUAUACACCAUGCAUCCCGAGGCAAUGCCUGGGAAAACCUGGGUCUACAUGGCCGCCAAAGAAAAAGGCGACCGAGACCUAGCCUCCCACCUCGCCGCUUCCGUCUCCGCAGCCGCCGGGCCCCUCCUCUCCGACGGCUGCGGCGGCACCUACGCCGCCAACAACUCCACGCUGAACAACGCAGCCUUCGCCAACGCGCGCUUCAACGGCACAAACAUGUUCGUCAACACGCUGCUCCACGGGCCGCCGGAGCACACGUUUCAGGGCCCGCUGCUGGCAGAUGCGCCCUACCCAGAGGUCGUAGUCGCGAAAGCGUGGAGCCGCGGAGAGGAUUUGGAUCUAGUUCUCUAUAACGGCGCCGGAAAGGGCACGUUUUACCUGAGCAUUGAGAGGCUGAAGCCGGGGAUGAAGUAUAAGUGGGAACAGGGCGUGGGAGGGGAGUUUAUCGCGGAUGAGAAGGGGAAUGCGGCUGUGGGGGUUUGGGUGGAGGGGAGGACGCCGGUGCAUAUUAAGCCUGUUGAUUGA